AUGGCUGGGACCGACCGUCGAGAGUCGAUAGGCGUUGACAGGAGGGCUUCGACGCGGUUGUCGAUGCAGCAGCAGAACGACGAUGAUUAUGAUCUUGAGGCAAUGGGAAUUUCUGACGGGUUCAGGCCCAACGGUGUCGGGAUGGGUCAUAAUCGGAUGUCCUCGCAAACAGUGCAAAAUACCCUCCUGACAGCAGGAAGAAGAACACCACCCCCGCGGCCAUCGAGUACAACGAAACCAAAUAACAUGGACUCUUUCGCUUUACGGCAUGAUGGAGAAAUGGGAGAUCUACGGAGGAAUUCGUCCGUCGCAUCCGUUGUAAACACGGCGCUUCCUGCGAGAUCGUCGAGUGUUUCAACUGACGUGCCUUAUGUGAGAGCAGAGAGCCCCUACCGAGGACCUGCUGGCCCUUCACAUCCAUACCAGAUGUAUCCGCAAGAAUCACGGUUGGCGAGAACAGCAAGCAUGGCUACGACCUCAACAGCCGCUCCACCAGUAACGGAGAGAUCAUAUGCAGGACCCAGUGGACCGACACACCCUUACGGGAUGUACCCUCAGAACAUCGUCCCUGAAGGAGAAAGUACCGAUACUUCAACCACAGCUGCAUCCGUCCCGGUAGGAUUCCCUGGGCUUAAUCAAAACUAUCAACGCCGGCUCGGUCCUGAUGGCGAGGAGAUUGCUGAUAUAAUUGGUCCCGACGGACACACGGAGCAACUGCCACCGUAUACGCAGUAUCCCGACGAGGCUCUUGCAAGAAAAACUCGUCCAACUGUUGUGGUACCUGCUGUAGUACCUGUUGUAGGUGCUGGGGGAAUUGGACUUGCAACUCGCAAUCCAGAAUUUUCAUCUCAAGAGGACCUCAAUUCUCCAGAGUCACGAAGGAGCGUCAUGUCAGACUCGAGCAGCCACCAUGUCAACACGGCGGCAAUGGCUAUCUCAGAGAAACCGGAACUGAAAAGGUGGCAGAGGGUUGCAAAGAAGAAGCUCUGCGGGAUCGUUCCUGUUUGGGUUCUUGUCCUCGCUGCUGCGGUUCUUAUCAUUUUUGUAAUCAUUUUGGCUGUUGUGCUCGCGGUACUGAAAAGUCAUCCUCCUCCAAAGCAUCAGCAACAGAAGCCUCAUGAAUCUGGCCAAGCUCAAAGUGAGGUUUAUCUCACCACAAUGACUACAACUUUCGAUGCUACACCCAUCAGUGCAAUCCCAACAGGCGCCUCAAUCCUUCCAACUGGUACAUUUGCAUUGCCUGUCAAUAUUCCGUCUGGAACCCAGAAAAGUUGUCUUGUCAACAGUGCCCAAAGCAAUGCUUGGUCAUGUAUAGUUUCGCCGAAUCCUGCCCCACUCCAACUCCAAAUAAUCCCACUUUCCGGCGCCAGGAGUCCGUUUUCCAACAACGGAGUUGUUAUGACCUAUGGCAAUAACACAAUGGUGUCCUGGACUUAUGGCGCCCAGGCCCCGGUCAUGCCCGACCAACAGGUCAUGAAACUUGUGACCGAUUCCGAAGAACCUGACAGGGGGCCAGCAUGGUGGUUCCAACAUUUAUACAACAAACUAGUAGUCCUCAGAGAAACCGAUAUAGCAAUGCCAGCCUCCAAACGAGAUGUAACUGAACGACAGGCACCGGGACCGGGACCAGGACCAGGCCCGGGGCCAAACACAGGCAACGGGAAUUUCCACGACACAGCGGAUUUUAUGGGGAAGAAAGGGGUCGCACAGCCAGGUGAGAAACCAUGGUUCUGCUAUUGGAACAACACGCUACUCGAGGCCUUCAUCUAUGUCAACCAGACAAGUUCAUCUGGAAUUUCAUCAGCUUCAUCUGCGCCGGCGUCCACCCCGGCCGCAACAACACCUAGCAACAGCCAAGCCACCGCUGGCACCUCUAGCUCCAGCGUCCCGACAUCCAACGUUCAGCCAUCAGGUUCACCCUACUCAGGACCACCACCACCAUAUUUCCUUCCGCCCUACCCAAGGGUCGUCAAGCUCGAGGAACGCCGGGUACCGCGUGGGGCUCAACCAUCCUCACCAUAUUGUAUUCAACAUAUUGUCCAAGCUGACGGGAGUGCAAUUCCUUUCAUGAAUAGCACUAACCAACCUGUCACGCUGGUUCUAAACGAGACCAUUCCAACACAGUUCUCAAGGCGGGAUUUCCUCGAGCAAAGUCUUUACGGGCGGGAUGACGUGGAUAUGUGCGGUUGUACAUGGGAAUGGACAUAG